AUGUCUUCUCAAUCUAGUUUCAAUAUCAACCGGUCUCGUCGCUCCGGGGGGUCGGGACCUAAUCUCGAUCACACCGAGUGGGGCGUGGCUGAUUACGCUGGAGUCUGGGGAGGACAUUCGCGAAUCGUUUAUGUCUUUCUCAACCAUCGGGCAGUUGGCGACAACUGGAUGCGCAUCGGCAGGCAGCUUGCUAGCGAUGCCAUGAAGAUGAAGCGGGAGAAAGCAAUUCCCCGCCGGUAUUACGCUGGAACCUAUGGGGCGAUCGUCGAGUGUAAAGGCCGGGAGACUCAAUUCUACAUUGACACCCCGGCUGAGUCCGAGGCAGGUGAUAAGUCUAAGUCUACUUUGACCCACUGGAUCCGUGAAUUCGACGAUUAUCCUCAACACUACAGCCCGGAACAAGCGUAUUAUGACACCUUCAUUCGCAAGAUGUACUCGGAUAAGCCCGACAAUCUUUCGGAGUCUGAGUGGCUGGAAAAAGAGUUCGAACACAAACUCUUGAGCAUGGGCGAGCUCGAUGACAAGCCCUUUCCCCCUCGCCGGUACAUCGUCAUGUACAAGGAGAAGUGUGGGAUUGCUAGCCUUACUUGA